GUGGCAACCACGCAGGCGUAAUGUCGGUAGCGAACGGCAACAGUUUGCAAUGCAACCAUUCACGGAAUUAGUGACUUAAAUAUUACGAAAGAGGACUGAAUGUGAGCUUGAGCAUCGACAAAGUGCUAUUUUCUCCAAAAUACAAGGUCCUCAAUCUAAUCUACGUGAGGCACAUCCGCUCUCAGAGCAAAUGACCCAGGAAGCAAAUGAUACUCGUAAGAAGUUUAUUCUUACCACGACGGGAAACUUCUAUGAGCUAAAUGCGCCGACCAUCUUGAAUGACAGCCCAGAGCUCAACAACUUCCUGGACGAUGGAAACGAAUUUGUCUUGUCCAUCAGCAGACAUGAAAACCAUCUGCAGCUGUCAAAUAAGAUUGAAGCAUUGGAAGGCAGUAGAGACAAAGUGUUGGUGUUCUUCAAGCUCUACCCUACAGUUAUCACAGAGGAGAACAUCCAUCAGAGCAUCCUUGUGUCAUCCAUGUUGGAGUCCCCCAUCAACACUUUGUACCAGGCUGUGAGACAGGUUUUUGCGCCUGUGCUGCUCAAGGAUGAACGCUGGAAGUCUGCUUUUGAUCCGAAGCUCGCAGGUCUGCUGAAUGAGUUGGAGCUAGGUCUGGGUUCAGUCAUUCGCCAGUCUGGAGCACAGACGUCUGCCUUGAAAAAAGGCAACUCGGAAGAUGAUGUUUUGGGUAUUCUUACCCCUAGUGAUGAGUUCCUAUACUGGGCAGACAUCUGUGAAUCUGCAAAGAAGACCGAAGUGAAAGAAAGAGCUAUGUAUUUUACAGAGCAAUUUAAUCUUAUAGAGAAGGAGUAUUGUGGUCUUGAUGGCCUGUCUAUGUCUGAUGUUCUGGAUCUGGUGGAGCAAAGCAGAGACACUUUAGACGGUGUCUGGCGGCAGCUCGAUUAUGAACCUUAUCCAGAGACACGCAUGGUCCGACUAAUGGAUGUUAUUGGUGGAGCCCUUGGCCGUUAUGUCCAAAAGAAGCUGAGUGAUGUUAAAAUCUUUGAGCAGCCAUUUGUGUCUGUGAGGGAGAGCUUGAAGACAGGGGUUACUAUCUGUGAGCAGUGGGUUGCAGUUUGUGAGCAUCUGACUGGACAGGUGUGGAAGAGACACGCACCUCAUGCCUGGAAGGGAAACAAACACUGCCCGCAAACCUUGCACUGCCUUGGCAAACGAUUGGACGAAGUGUUGUCGCUACGGAUUUUCCAUGAGAAGCUGCUGCGUUUGUUACCAGCAGGAAAGCAGCAGGCUCUGACUUCUGAUUGUGUUUUUGAACCAUUCUCUGGCCUCAAUCCUCUCCAAUACAACCCUUACACCGAGCCUCUCUGGAGGGCGGCAGUGGCCCAGUUUGAACGCAUGAUGGCUCCCUCAGAGCGGGAGAUGGCAGGCAGACUAAAGAGCUACAUUGCUGAUGUACAAGACAACCCUCAACAGCUGUUACAGGUGUUUCAAAAGCACAAAGAGUUAAUCAGGCGCCCCACUGUUAGAAAUGAGCUGCAGUCAGAGAGAGACACUCUACUGGCAAAACUACUGGAUUACAACAAAGGCUUGAAGACAGAUUUUGAAAGUCGCUGCCAUGGAAGUCCAGGAGAGAAGUCUGGGCCACUCAUGGGCAGAAACCUUUCGGACGUGGUCAAUAAAAUUGUCUGGGUUCAGCACAUCAUACAUAAGGUAGAAGACUGUGUCCGGAUUUCUGAGGCUUUGCUGUCAGAUCUGUCAGGGUUCAAAGGGUUUGUUCAUUUCUGUGAUGACCUACUGGAGAUUCUGAGGGCUUAUGAACAGGAUCAGUUUGACGACUGGUCCAGAGAUGUCUUAUCGGGCUUGGCUGAUCCAAAGUCAGGACUCAGUCUCCAAGCGAGUAAUCGAGUGAUGGAAUUGGACCAUGUGGAUGGCAGGCUGAAGAUCCAUUAUUCUGACAGAUUGGUCAGUCUGCUGAGGGAGGUCAGGCAGCUGUCUGCUCUGGGCUUUGCUAUUCCUGCCAAGAUCCAGCUGGCUGCCAGUACUGCAGAUAAAUUCCACAGGCAGGCCAUUGUCCUCAAACAGGUGGCAAAUUUCUACAAUACCAUCGACCAGCAGAUGAUUCCCUCUCAAAGACCAAUGAUGCUCACUCUUGCUUUGGCCUUUGAGCAAGUCAUCAAGAACCCACGCUCUCAGUCAAAGGACUCGGGCGGUAAACUACACAUCACCUGGGACAAUCCUAAAGAGUUGGAGGUGUACAUCUCCAAACUGCAGUCUGCCACUGAGAAACUAUCCACGGAAAACAGGAAGCUACGCAAAUGGCACACGGACUUCAUUGACAAGGUUGUGACACUGAUGAAUGUUGACUUGUUGAGACAUCAGCAGCGGUGGAAAGAAGGUCUACAGGAGCUCCGUACUGGCUUUUCCACUCUGGAGGCUCAGGGCUUUCGAUCUGAUGACAUGCGGGCAUGGCGUCAGCACUGGAAUCAUCAACUCUACAAGGCUCUGGAGCACCAGUACCAGACUGGACUGGAAGCUCUGAACAAGAACCUACCUGAAAUACACAUUGAUCUCACUUUCAAACAAGGACGACUGCAGUUCCAACCUUCAUUCGAAGAGGUGCGAGCGCGCUAUUACAGGGAGAUGAAGAGGUUCAUCUCAAUCCCAAACCAGUUCAAAGGUGUCAGCGCACCGGGGGAUCAGGUUAUCUUCACUGCUAUGAUUGACAGGAAUGCUUCUGGAUUCCUCACCAUCUUCAGCAAGGCGGAAGAUCUUUUUAGCCGCCUGCAGGCUAUCCUACACAAGUACAAGGAGUGGGUGGUGCUGGGUCAGGUGGAUUUAGAGAAGUUUGUGGAGAAACACCUGAACUCGGUGCAGGAUUGGGAGAGAAAUUUCAAGGCUUUGAAAGCCAGAGGAAAAGAAUUAGAACGUCUGCCGAGCCAGGAGAAGGUGGACUGUAUCACAGUCAACUGUGAGCCACUAAAAAGUGCCAUUGAUGGCCUGAUCCAGAGGCUCUUUGACCUCCUGCUAAUGUCACUCAGAAAGUCCAUACAAGGCCACACACAGGACAUAGACAGCUUUGUGUCUGAGUCAAUGGAGACGUUGUCCACACGACCAGAAAAUAUUGAAGAGAUUAGUGCAUCCAGUGGCAAAUAUAACCAGAUAGUUGCCCGCAAACCCGAGAUUCUACCUCAGUUCAAGUCGAUGGAAGAGAAGAAUCGUUUGCUGCGAGUAGUAUCUGGGGCGGGCCUGGACUCCUUGUCCCCCCUGAGGGCCAAAUGGGACAAACUAGAGCUUGUCAUGGAGAGCCAUCAGCUUAUGAUCAAAGAUCAGGUGGAAGUGAUGCGGUGUCAUACUACUGAUCGCAUCAAUGCCUACAGAACAGAUUUGGAGCGUUUCAAGGCCCGCUGGGACCAGCUGAAGCCCAAAGAUGAGCUGCUAGAAACUGGUGAUCACACUGCCCUCCUUGCCAAUCUUCAGACCAUCAGGGAUAAACAGCAAGAGUUCCAGGAGCUGGAGUUAGUCCGCAAUAAACUAAUGGACGAUUGUGCCUACUUCAACUUGGAGGUUUCAACUUUCCCUUUGGCAGACGAGACGAAACAAGACAUGGAGGAGUACAGCCAGAUGUGGGGGCUGUACGAGGAGUGGCACCAAGGUUUCACAGAGAAGGCUCAGGAGGACUGGAUCUCCUUUAGGAGCAAGACAUAUUUGUUUGAGGAAUUUCUUUUUGCGUGGCAGGACAAACUUAGGAAGCUGGACCAACCUACAGCCAUUUCUGUUAAAUUGCAAGAAGAAGUGGAUAAAUACAAGAAUAUUGUUCCGGUGCUGAAGUAUGUGCGUGGGGACCACCUGUCCCAGGACCAUUGGUUGGAUAUGUUCCGUUUGCUUGGUCUUCCAAGAGGGAUGACUUUAGAAAGGCUCACCUUUGAUGACCUCCUUGCAGUGGCAGAUAACAUUAUAGCAAAGGCCUUAGAGCUUAAGGAUCUGAACAGCCGCGCCCAGGCGGAGGUGACAAUCAGAGAAGCCCUGAGAGAGCUGGAUUUGUGGGGGGCUGCGGCUACCUUCAACCUCACAGAAUACAGUGGCAGCAGCGGCCGCACUCUGACCAUCAUUAAGGACUGGAAGGAUAUCGUCAGCCAGGUAGGAGAUAACCGCUGUCUGCUGCAGUCUCUGAAGGACUCUCCCUAUUACCGCAACUUCCACGACAAGGUCAGCUUGUGGGAAGUACGACUGUCAGACUUAGACGAAUACCUGCUGAGUCUGAAUGCCAUCCAGAGGCGAUGGGUUUAUUUGGAGCCUAUCUUUGGACGGGGAGCAUUGCCCCGAGAGGAGGCCCGCUUCAAACGGGUUGAUGAAGACUUUAGGUCCAUCAUGUCAGACAUUCAGAGGGACAACCGAGUCAUUUCUCUGAGCUCAAGAGCUGGCAUCAGAAACUCCUUGGUCACCAUAAUGGAUCAAUUACAGCGUUGCCAGAAGUCACUCAAUGAGUUCCUGGAGGAGAAGCGCUCUGCUUUCCCAAGAUUUUAUUUCAUAGGAGAUGAUGAUCUGUUGGAAAUUCUUGGUCAGGCCACAAACCCCACAGUCAUCCAGUCACACCUCAAGAAACUCUUUGCUGGCAUCCAUAGUGUUGUGUUUGAUGAGCAGUGCCAGCACAUUGUGGCCAUGUGUUCUUUGGAGGGAGAGAUGGUACCUCUCAGAAGUACUGUUCUUAUCUCCAGCCUUGUGGAGGUGUGGUUGAAUGACCUGUCUAAUGCAAUGAAGGGGACUUUGAAGCAAAUGCUGUAUGAAUGUGUGACAGCGGGGAAACAAGGGGAAGUGGACCCCUCUCGUUAUCCAUCACAAAUUUUAUGCCUCGCCGAGCAAAUCCAGUUCACGGAAGACGUGGAAAGAGCUCUCAAGGAACAGAAUCUGCAGCAGCUGGAGUUGGAACUCAAUGCCAAACUGGAACAUUACACAACAGUGGACACCACCUCCGACGACCACACAAAUACAGACACUGGUAUUCUGCAGCUGAAAUUGAAGGCCUUAAUUCUGGACAUUAUCCACAACAUCAGUGUAGUGAAGCAGCUGAAACAGGCAGGAGUCAGCAGCCUCGAUGCCUGGGCCUGGCAGAAGCAGCUCCGCUUUUACAUGGGCCCAGACAAGUGCUGCCACAUUCAUAUGGUGGAUGCACAGUUCACCUAUACAUACGAGUACCAGGGUAAUGCAGCAAAGCUGGUGCAUACUCCGCUGACUGAUAAAUGCUACCUGACUCUGACUCAGGCUAUGAAGAUGGGGCUCGGUGGAAAUCCCUAUGGGCCAGCUGGAACAGGCAAGACUGAGUCUGUCAAAGCACUGGGGGGCCUGUGUGGACGCCAAGUGUUGGUAUUCAACUGUGAUGAGGGCAUUGAUGUGAAAUCAAUGGGACGAAUUUUUGUGGGCCUGGUGAAGUGCGGUGCGUGGGGCUGCUUCGACGAGUUCAAUCGUUUGGAGGAGGCAGUGCUAUCUGCAGUUUCCAUGCAGAUUCAAGCCAUUCAGGACUCUCUUAAACAUCAAAAAGCCACAUGCGAACUCAUGGGGAGGGAGGUGGAUUUGGACCCAAACUCUGGAGUGUUCAUCACACUGAAUCCCGCAGGAAAAGGAUACGGAGGCCGACAGAAGCUCCCAGACAACCUAAAGCAGCUUUUCAGGCCUGUGGCCAUGACCAGACCUGACAAUGAACUUAUUGCCGAAGUCAUUUUGUACUCUGAGGGCUUUAAAAAUGGAGAGAUACUGGGUGGAAAACUGGUCGCAGUCUUUAACCUGGCCAGAGAGCUGUUGACCCCACAGCAGCACUACGACUGGGGUUUGCGUGCUUUGAAGACAGUGCUAAAGGCCUGUGGUAGUUUGCUGCAGCAACAGAGGAGAAGCCAUGACAAGGACAAGAUUCAAGAGAGCAAUCUGGUGGUUCAGGCACUGCGACUUAACACCAUGUCCAAGCUGACGUUUGCUGAUAGCUCACGCUUUGAUGCCUUGCUGAGGGACGUCUUCUCCGGGGUAAAUUUCACUGAUGUUGAGGACAUGACCCUUACGCAGGCCCUGGAACAGGUCUACAAAGAGAGCCGACUGGAGCCUAUACCUACUCAGCUGAAGAAGGCACUGGAGCUGAAUGAGCAACUGAGACAGCGUAUGGGUGUAGUGGUUGUGGGGCCAAGUGGAGCAGGGAAGUCUACUCUGUGGAGGAUGCUCCGGGCUGCUCUCAAUAAGACAGGCAGAGUGGUAAAGCUGUACACAAUGAAUCCUAAAGCGAUGCCUAAACAACAACUUCUGGGACACAUUGACAUGGACACCAGAGAGUGGGCUGAUGGUGUCCUGACACAUAGUGCUAGAAAUGUGGUUAAAGAAUCCCAGGAUGUAAGCUCCUGGAUUGUGUGUGAUGGUGACAUCGAUCCAGAGUGGAUUGAGAGUCUGAACUCCGUGCUGGAUGACAAUCGCCUGUUAACCAUGCCUAGUGGAGAACGCAUCCAGUUUGGACCGAAUGUCAACUUCCUGUUUGAGACUCACGACCUGAGCUGUGCUUCUCCGGCGACGAUAUCUCGCAUGGGCAUGAUCUUUCUCAGUGAUGAGGACAUAGAUGUAGCUGCUUUGGUGAAAUCAUGGCUCUGCAAUCAACCAGAGGAGUCUCGCUCUAAUUUAGAGAACUGGCUGGCGGAUUACUUCCAACGAUCUCUGGACUGGGUCUUCAAACAGAAUGACUUUGUGGUGGAAACCAGCCUGGUGGGCACAAUAUUCAAUGGCCUGUCUCAUCUCAACGCUGUGACUGAGCGAGGUCAGUUCAUCAUCGGCCUUCUCAGAGGGUUAGGAGGAAAUCUCAAUCUGAAAACAAGACAAGAUUUUGCCAAAGAGUUGUUGAGCUGGGCAAGAGAAAGCCCACCGAACAUGAGGAAGCCUCUGGAUACCUACUUUGACCCUGACAGCGGCCACCUUGCAUCGUAUACAUUCCAGCGCCCUGAUAGUCUCACGCUGGAGCAUCUCUCCCAUUCACAUUCUUUGCCUGUUAUUGAGACUCCAGACAUGCAGAGGGCACUGCAUUGCUUCUCCCCAUGGCUCACCGCUCAGCACAGACAACCAUUCAUGGUGGUGGGACCAGAGGGUUGUGGGAAAGGAAUGCUCUUGCGCUUUGCUUUCUCACGGCUGCGCUCCACCCAAGUGGCCGUGGUCCACUGUAGCGCCCAGACCUCAUCCCGCCACGUCCUCCAGAAGCUCAGUCAGACCUGCCUGUUACUCAGCUCCAACACCGGUCGAGUCUUCAGACCCAAGGACUGUGAGAACUUGGUUCUCUACCUAAAAGACAUCAACCUACCAAAACCUGACAAAUGGGGGACCAGCAACCUCACAGCCUUUCUUCAACAGGUUUUAACAUAUAAAGGGUUCUAUGAUGAAAAUCUGGAGUGGGUGAGCCUGGAGAACAUUCAGGUGGUGGCCUCAAUGUCAACAGGUGGUGCGGUCGGGAGCCAUUCUCUCACAUCUCGCUUUUCAUCAAUAGUCCGCAUCUGUACCAUAGACUAUCCAGACCGUGAACAGCUGCAGACUAUCUACUCAGCCUAUCUGCAGCCAAUUCUCCAACACAGUUUGGGCAGCCAAGCGUCCUGGGCCAGCACAGGGAAAACACACCAGCUGGCUGGUUCUCUGGUGCAGCUCUAUGAACAGGUGAAAGCCAAGUUUACAGUAGAUGACUACAGUCACUAUCUUUUUACACCGUGUAUCCUGACGGAAUGGGUCCUCAGCUUGUUGCGAUAUGACCUCACUGCAGCUCAAUCAGAUGUGACUGAUAGCGUGCUUGAGGUGGUAGCACACGAGGCCAGGAGGCUCUUCAGAGACCGUCUGGUUUCCUCCAAAGAUCUUCAUGCAUUUGAUAACAUGCUCUCCGCCAUCAUCCGUGGCGACUGGAGCUCUGACGCUCUCGACAACAUGGCUGAUGGUUUCUAUGUGACGUGGGGUGUGUCUGAAGGAGUUGUAAUGACUCCAGGCCAGUCUCUUCCUCCUCACGGUAAACAACUGGGACGUCUGCAUUCUGCUGACCUCAAGCAAGUAAUUCAGAAGGGACUAGUGCUGUAUAGUCGUGAUAACAGAGAGCUGGACCUCCUUCUCUUUUGGGAAGUGUGCGACUUUGUGUCGAGGCUGGAUCGCGUGCUGAGCCGACCAGGUGGUUCGCUGCUUUUGGCAGGUCGGAGUGGAGUUGGGCGGCACACAGCCACAUUCCUGGUGUCGCACAUGCACACGUAUCCCUUGUUUACCCCAAAGAUCUCCCGGGGUUAUUCCCUUAAAAAUUUCAAGAAUGAUCUCAAGACGGUGAUGCAGUUGGCAGGAAUAGAAGGGCAGCAGGUUGUUUUUCUGUUGGAGGAUUAUCAGUUUGUCCACACUGCUUUCCUGGAGAUGAUCAACAGCUUGCUCUCAUCUGGUGAGGUUCCUGGGCUGUACACCCCGGAGGAACUGGAACCUCUCCUCUCUUCCCUCAAAGAUUCUGCUUCCCAGGAUGGAUUCACUGGACCACUCUACAACUACUUCUCCUUCAGAAUCCAGCAGAACCUUCACAUCGUUCUAAUAAUGGACUGCUCUAAUCCCAACUUCACUAUUAGUUGUGAGAGCAAUCCAGCUUUUUACCGCGAGUGUUCUGUCCAGUGGAUGGAAGGAUGGUCUGAAAGUAGCAUGAAGAAGAUUCCCGAAUUGUUGCUUGCAAAGACGAGUCCCGAUGGAGAGAAUGACGCCAAAAAGAAGACAAGUUCAGGUCAGCAGGAAGACGUAAGCCGUCUGUUCCUGAUGGUUCACGAGUCAUGUAGACAACAUGGCGCCACACCAAGCCAGUACAUGGCCUUUCUACACCUUUACAAUGCCAUAUAUGGCCGGAAGCAGAUGCAGCUCACAACGAGACAACAACAUCUGCAGGCUGGUGUGUCAAAGCUUAAUGAUGCCAAGGCUUUGGUUGAUGAGCUGAAGAGGCGGGCUGCAGAGCAGAGCAUACUGCUGAAGACUAAACAACAAGAGGCUGAUUCUGCUCUGCAGGAAAUCACCAACUCCAUGCAGAAUGCCAGUGACCAGAAGGCAGAGAUGGAAAAGAUUCAAGCGAGGAUGGCUCAAGAAGUAUCCAAGAUUGAAGAAAGAAAGGCCAAAAUAGAUAAUGAACUGAAGGAAGUAAAGCCUUUAGUGGAUGAGGCGAUGCAUGCGGUGGGAAACAUCAGGCCUGAAGCUCUGUCCGAGAUCCGUUCACUCCGCAUGCCACCGGAUGUCAUUCGGGACAUUCUGGAGGGGGUACUGAGACUGAUGGGUACCUUUGACACCUCCUGGGUCAGCAUGAAGAGCUUCCUUGCUAAGCGUGGUGUGAGGGAGGAAAUAGCCACAUUUGAGGCCAGGAACAUUACCCCCGAGAUUCGACACAGUGUGGAAGAGCUGCUUAACAGGAACAGAGCCUCCUUUGACCCCAAGAAUGCAAAACGGGCAAGUGCAGCGGCUGCCCCACUCGCUGCCUGGGUCAAAGCCAAUGUCCAGUACUCCCAUGUACUACAGAGGAUUGAGCCUCUGGAGCGAGAGCAGGCUGGACUAAUGGACAACCUAAGGAAAACAGAAAGCAGGAAGAAUAAGCUUGAGAACCAACUCAACUCAGUUGGAGCCAAAGUGAAUGAGCUCAAAGAGAAGUUUCAGUGUCACACUGCAGAGGCAGCUAAGCUGGAGGCCGAGGUGACAAAAGCUCAAGAUACAAUCAAUGCUGCCGAACAACUGAUUUCCCAACUGGACGGAGAACAUAAGCGGUGGAAUGCACAGAUGUCUGAGAUCAAGAAUGAGUUGGAUACACUCCCCAUGAGAGCAAUGCUUGCUGCAGCCUUCAUCACCUAUUUGUCUGCAGCUUCUGAAGAUCAUCGAAGACAUUGUCUGGAAACUUGGAUGUCUCACUCAGGACUGCAGAAAUUUGACUUCAGGUCAUUCCUGUCCUUGGAGAGUGAACAGUUGAUCUGGAAGAGUCAAGGGCUGCCGUCCGAUGACCUGUCCAUGGAGAAUGCUAUUGUCAUCCUACAGAUCAAUGAACUUAAGUUGCGGAGUGUUGCAUGUCCUUUCCUGAUUGACCCUUCCUCUCGCGCCACUGAGUGGCUCUGCACACACCUCAAAGAAAAUCGACUUGAGGUCAUAAACCAACAGGACAGUAACUUCAUGACAGCCCUGGAGCUAGCAGUCAGAUUUGGAAAAACUCUCAUCAUUCAAGAGAUGGAUGGAGUGGAACCAGUGCUUUACCCACUGUUGAGGAGGGACCUCAUCGCACAAGGGCCAAGAUACGUUGUACAGAUUGGAGACAAGGUUAUUGAUUACAAUGAGGACUUCCGACUCUUCUUGGCAACACGCAAUCCUGCUCCUUUCAUCCCUCCUGAUGCGGUCUCUGUGGUUACGGAGAUUAACUUUACUACCACAAGGGCAGGCCUGCGAGGACAGCUUCUGGCAUUGACCAUCCAACAUGAGAAACCAGAAUUAGAGACGGAGAAAACAAGACUACUACAACAAGAAGAAGACAAGAAAAUACAGCUUGCUCUAUUGGAGGAGUCAUUGUUGGAGACCCUGGCCACAUCGCAGGGGAAUAUUCUGGAAAACAGGGAGCUGAUAGACAGUCUAAACCAGGCCAAAGCAAGCAGUGCCCUCAUCCAGGAGUCACUACUUGAAUCACACCGGCUGCAAGCAUCCCUGGACCAGGAGCGCGAUGCCUACCUCCCUCUUGCAGAGAGUGCCAGCAAGAUGUACUUUGUCAUCACAGACCUGUCGAAGAUCAACAACAUGUACCGCUUCAGCCUGGCUUCAUUUCUGCGCCUCUUCCAAAGGGCUCUUCAGGCCAAGAAGGACGUAGAGAAUACUGAAGACAGGAUUGCUGCUUUGGAAGCAAGCUUGAAGAAUAUGGUGUAUGAAUACGUCUGCCGCUCACUUUUCAAGGUUGACCAGUUAAUGUUUGCAAUGCACUUUGCCAAGGGCAUGUAUCCCGAGCUCUUUAAGGAGAAUGAAUGGGAUGUCUUCAUUGGCUCCAUUGUUGGGGAAAUGUUUAAACACGAGGAAUUCCCAUCCUGGAUUGAUCAGGAGAGACAUCGAUCAGUAGCAGUUUACAAGGCUACAUUUACAGCCCUCUAUCAGUCCCUGUGUUUGAAUGACUCAGACCUUUGGAUGUCCUUCGCACGGAGCUCACAUUGUGAACAGGAAAUUCCAGCCACCAUUGCCAAGAAAAUGACUCCCUUUCAGCAGCUGUUAUUGGUUCAAGCAGUCAGACCAGAUCGACUUCAGAGUGCUAUGACAGCCUUUGCCUCGCAGGCCUUGGGUAUGAAGGAACUCUCUCCUCCUCCGCUGAACCUACGACGUCUAUACUCUGAGACACUGGAAUGGGAACCUGUGCUGAUCAUCACCUCACCAGGAGCCGACCCAUCCCAGGAGCUCACAGAACUUGCCACAGACACUGUGGGUCGGGACCAGUAUCACGAGAUCUCGAUGGGUCAGGGACAGGCCGACGUGGCCUUGGCUACACUCAGAGAGUGUUCCCGAAAUGGAGAGUGGCUUUGCUUAAAGAAUCUUCAUCUUGUCACAGCGUGGCUACCCCUCCUAGAAAAAGAGCUAAAUGCACUUCGUCCCAAAGAAGGCUUCCGGUUUUGGAUGACAUCAGAGGUUCACCCGAGAUUCCCUCCCAUACUGCUGCAGUCCAGCCUCAAGAUCACUUAUGAGGAUCCUCCUGGGCUGAAGAGGAACCUGUUGAGGACUUAUGAAUCCUGGUCUCCGGAGCACAUCAGUAAAGGCGGAAAACUGGCCCGUGCCCAGUCUCUCUUCUGUCUGGCCUGGUUUCAUGCUGUCUGUCAAGAGAGACGCAACUACAUACCACAGGGUUGGACUAAGUUCUAUGAGUUUUCCUUAUCAGACCUGCGUGCUGGUUUUGACAUCAUUGAUAGGCUAUUUGAAGGAGGUAAACCUUUCCAGUGGGAGUUUGUCCAUGGUCUCUUGGAAAGCGCCAUCUAUGGCGGACGCAUCGACAACCCAUCUGACCUCCGCAUCUUACGCUCCUACCUGGAGCAGUUUUUCUCCGCACGACUCUUAUCUUCCCUCUCAGCCGGGCAGGGAAAGAGCAAAGGGGCACGCUUUCUUCCAUCUCAGAUCAGCCUUCCAAAUUCUUGCUGCAUUCUGGAUUACCGUGGUGUCAUCGAGAAUCUCCCAGAGGAUGACAGGCCUGUAUUCUUUGGACUGCCCGCUAACAUAGAAAGAACCUCACAGAGGAUCAUCAGCUCGCAGGUGAUUUCACAACUUCGUGUCAUAAGCCGCUCGGUGGCAACAGGGUCCAAGUUUGACAGGGAUCUCUGGUCUCAUGGACUGUCACCCAUCCUCAACUUGUGGAAAAAACUCAACAAGGGUUCUACGCUGAUCCAACAGAAGGUCACACCACCUACAGAUCAUCGUGGGUCACCAGUACAGUCAUUUAUUGUUCUCGAACAGUUCAAUGCCAUUCGUUUGGUUCAGAGUAUCCACCAGUCUUUAGCUGCCCUCAGCAAAGUGAUUCGAGGCACUGAACUUCUCACUCCUAAGGUCCAAAAACUGGCAACUGCCUUGCUCAAUCAAGAGUGUCCUUUGACAUGGCAAAAUAUGUGGGAGGGACCAGAAGAGCCAAUGCAGUACUUAGGAGCUGUAGUCAUGCGUGCGCUUGCCUUACAGGGUUGGGUGGAACGUGCAGGCAAGCAAGCUCUUCUGUCGGACACGUUGGAUCUGUCGGAGCUCUUCCACCCUGAUACCUUCCUCAAUGCUCUAAGACAGGAGACUGCCAGAUCUUUGGGUUGUUCUAUGGACAGUUUGGUGUUUGCAUCAUCAUGGAGGAGUCCCAUUGUUGGAGCGAUGCUUCAAGUCAAGGUGGGCGGUCUACAGCUGGAAGGUUGUAGUUUUGACGGUGUCCAUCUUUGUGAAAACCAGCAUGAUUCCCCCGGUGUGUCAGCUGUGCCUCUCUGCUACAUGGCCUGGGUUCCGCAGAAUUCUACUGCUGACCAGGCUGCUUCGGAGGAGAACAUCUGGCUUCCUCUGUACCGUAGCUCUGAGAGGGUGAAGGUAGUCACGCACAUCAGCGUGCCCUGCAGAAGCAACCCCAGCCAGUGGAUACAGACCGGUGCCGCCCUUUUUCUUAAACAACAAUGACACAGCUUCUUGGACUACAUGUAUGUUGGAGAGUUUAUUUUCCUCAUUGUAUAUAUUUUUUUCGCUAAUAAAGAUGAUAUUCUUCUGUA